AUGUUCUUCCAUGUCGCGGCGAAUCACGUGAGCCCCGCCGACCUCGACCUUCUCACUCAAGCUUUCCGAAGAUACACGUACACGGUGUUAGACCGAUUUCCAAUCAUGGAGUUGGUCUCUAUGGAGUUCUUUUCCAUCAUUGAAAUCCCCGUCACUCCUUCCGCUUCUACCGGUCGCCUUCGCUAUUUGAUUCCUCGGGAGGCCAAUGAAUAUUUUUUCGGAGGCGACCAAGAUAUCAACUUCGUCCAGUUCAACAAAGGGCCGAGGCCGGCAUCCACAGCGGCGGUGGUGGGGCUCCAGAUGGUCACUACGACAGCAGAAGAUACCUCGUGCUCCAUCUGCCUCGAAGAUUUCAAGGUGAUGACUCAGGCUCUGGCAAUGCCUUGCGGUCAUUUGUUUCACGAGGGAUGUCUGAAGGAGUGGCUGCGACGGAGAAAUUCUUGCCCCCUCUGCAGAUUCUCACUUCCCACCGCAGAGUAG